AUCCCCCGCACCCCUCCCCACGUGGCCUUCUGGCACGAGCCGCGGGCCUGCCGCCUCAUUUGCAUCAGAAAGCGGGCGCUGGCCAAUGGGAGCGCAGCCUCCCGCCAGCUGGCGGCGGCGCGCGGGCCGGUCUAUAAAAGGACUCGCGCGGCCGGGCCUGGCGCACUCGCUGGUGGUGGGCGCGCGGCUCGGGUUGUGGGGCUCCUUGCCUGCGCUCGGGUUCCCUCGGUUCCCUCCGCACUCUUCACUUUUGGAUAACUUGCUGUUCGUGGAUCGCACAAUGACUCUGGAAGAAGUCCGUGGCCAGGACACAGUUCCGGAAAGCACAGCCAGGAUGCAGGGCGCCGGGAAAGCGCUGCACGAACUUCUGCUGUCGGCGCAGCGCCAGGGCUGCCUGACCGCUGGCGUCUACGAGUCCGCCAAAGUCCUGAAUGUUGACCCCGACAAUGUGACCUUUUGCGUGCUGGCUGCCGAUGAAGAGGAUGAGGGCGACAUAGCGCUGCAGAUCCAUUUCACGCUGAUACAGGCGUUCUGCUGUGAGAACGACAUUGACAUCGUGCGCGUGGGUGAUGUGCAGCGGCUAGCGGCGAUCGUGGGUGCCGACGACGAGGCGGGUGCGCCAGGAGACCUGCACUGCAUCCUUAUUUCGAACCCUAAUGAGGACACGUGGAAGGACCCUGCCUUGGAGAAACUCAGCUUGUUCUGCGAGGAGAGCCGCAGCUUCAACGACUGGGUGCCCAGCAUUACACUUCCCGAGUGACAGUCUGGCAGGGACCUUGGUCUGAUCGACUUGGUGACGCUCUAGCGCGCUGCUGGCUCUGGAGCGGCCCUCCGAGGGCGCUCGAGUGCGCAUGGAGACUGGCGGGCGGUGUUGCCUGGAGAGCGAGGAGCGAAGGCUCCCAAGAAGGGGGCCUGGCGGCAGCGGGGACACCUUGUUCCGAGCCCGGGACUCUGCCAGUGUCCAGAGAGGCUGCUAGCACAGGAAGGCCUAGGCAGGGACGUUGGCCGCAGGGCCGGGAAGAACCGACUGGUGAGGCAGGCGUGACUCAGCAGCCUUCCAGUGAAAGGAGGGGAAAAGGCAAGGCACGUGGCCUGGACUUGGUACGGCUGCAGGAGUGGCCAGCUGCAGGAGCGAGCCGGACUUCGCAGGCUGCACUGCUCUUUCCAAAACGGAUCCUGGGCAAUGCUUUCAUUUUCUAAAGGACGCUAUCGUGGAAGCUUUGAGUUUCACAAUAAACUUAUUGAAACAAA